AUCACAGUUUAUCAAUUCCGAAUAGGAACGUGUCAAUUAGCAUGCCGAGUAACGAUGAGUGUUUGUUUGCUACGGAUACGGAACAGAUGACAGGCGAUCGGUGUGUGUUUGCCUGGAAAAUUGAAGGAUGUGUCAAAAUGGAAGCUUAAUUGCCAUUGGGCAAUGGUUAAAUAAUUAACUAAUAUGGCGCGGUCCGAGAAACGGCGUCUUUGCAAGUUUGUCUCUGAAUGGACAUUUAAUAAUGACUAUUCUUCUUGGUUACGUCCAGUGGACGAAGAUAAACAUAAAGCAUAUUGCUUAUUAUGUGAGAAAGUAUUCCCAGUAAGUCAUGGUGGACUUAAUGAUGUGAAAGCUCAUGGGAAGGGGAAAAGACAUAACUUUCUUAAAGAACAGCAGGAAAAUAGAGCAAGAGAAACGUCUGUAGAGUUGAGUUCACCUACGCAGGGGAUUUUCCAGUUUGUCAACCCAAAGGAUCGGAGACGAGUUCUUGAGAAUUAUGCAAAUGUAGUUGUGAAAGAAAGUAACGCUUCAGCCCCGAAGGAGAUUACAAUAAGGAGAGAGGACGAUCUGACAUUGGACUCUGCGAUCAGUGAGAGCGAUUGUUGUUCACUCGGAGAGAUGUCAUCGGCUGGCAAGAUGGAGACGCCGCAACAGUACUGUCUGCGAUGGAAGUACCAUCACUCCAACCUGCAGGUGAUGUUCUCUCAGCUGCUCGAACGAGAAAGCUUCUGUGAUGUCACCCUUGCCUGCGAAGGCAAAACGCUUAGAGCUCAUAAGAUGAUGCUGUCGGCAUGUAGUACUUACUUCGAUUCAAUAUUUUCACAACACGAAGAAAAUAAUCCUAUUGUAAUUUUAAAAGACGUCAAAUUUGCAGACAUUAAAGCACUAGUUGAGUUUAUGUAUAAAGGAGAAAUAAACGUUCAAAAUUCACACCUAUCAUCACUGUUGAAAACGGCCGAAGAGCUGCGCAUCAAAGGACUGGCGGAGGUGUCCUGGCGAUCGGAAGGCGAGGGGUGGCGCAGCGUUGAAGGGGAGGGGGGUGGCCGGGGGCGGCGGGGAGGAGUGGCCUCUUCGGGGGCGGUAUCGGAUGGCGGUGAUUCUGACUCGGAGCCGCCCCCGACUAAGCGGUCCAAGCAGCCGCUGCUGCCCCAGCCUGUGGAGCACUUUGCCGCCUCCCUCAUCAAACAGCAGCAGCAGCACCAAGCCGCCGCCUCCGACCACCUCUUCAACCCCCAGGUCACCAGUGUGCUCGGCAACGUCGCCCUGCACUCGGCUAGGAACGAUUUCAAUGAUAACGGUACCGAUGACAGUGCUUCAGAAUCUCAAGGCUGGGAUCCACCAGUUCAGUCAGACAUUUACACUGGAGACUCGGACAACGCAAGCUCAACCCCUCAUAGUAACCAACAUUUGAAUUCAUCUAGUUUCAAUAUCCAAUCUGCCGACGAAGAAAGAAAUACAUCAUUCCCGCAACAGCCCCAGACUCAACAGGAACAGGCCGCACACCUACCAGAUUUAAGCCAGUACUCGGAUGUGGUGAAAAUGAACGAAUACCUGACACAAGGCGGUCGCCGGCCUCAGUUCUGGGAGGAGCCUUUCACGCGGCGAGUGAUGGAGGCGAUCAAGAACAAAGAGCUGGAAAUGAAAGUGGCCGCCGAACUGAUGGGUGUCUCCUACGGUACUUUGUAUGGACGCUAUAGGGAUGCCUAUGGCUGCCUAAAGCAUCCUUAUAGGUACGAGGACAAAAGCAGGGUACGGGACUUUUGGCUGGAACAGGGUCCGGCCGAGGUGCUCAACAAACUGCAGCGCAAAGAGCUGACUCUGUUCAGGGCGGCCGAAAUGCUCAACGUCACGGUGACCACUCUAGCCAACUACCUGUCGACGCUGCGUCAGAGUGAGACGACGCCAGACGAAGUGGACGAAACGGACGCUGAUGACGACGACUGCGGUAGCGGUGGCGGUGACCGGUUUGCGUCGGCGCGUCACGUGCUCAGCAACAACCCGGACAUCACUAUUGUCAAGCGGGAACCGGGGGCGGCGGCGCUGAACGGUAGCAAGUGACAUCACCAGUGAUUCGAUUCCAUUCAAUUGAUCAGUGGCACAACACAACUUGUCUCUACUACCAACUGAGGUGAGCGAUCAACUUCAUUCAUAAACGAGAACUCGUUUCUACAACCGUUGAAUUUCAUUCAUAAACGGUCUCUACAACCAACUGAGGUGAGCGAUCAACUUCAUUCAUAAACGAGAACUCGUUCCUACAACCGUUGAACUUCAUUCAUAAACGGUCUCUACAACCAACUGAGAUGAGCUAUCAACUUCAUUCAUAAACACGUCUCUAUAACCGUCAAGGUGAGCGACUAACUUCAUUCAUAAACGAGAAUCCGUCUUACAACCUUUAGCUGCAUUGCUGUGAACGACAAACCUUCAUUCAUAAACAAGAACACUUCUCUUCAACCGUCACGGUUGCCGCUGUGAUAAGCGACUAAAGGUCGUCACACACUCUUAAGGCUCAACUCACAUCUACGUGACUCAGGUCGAGAAGAGACUCGACUCUAGUCGAGAGCAAGUGUUUUCAAACGGUGACAUCGCGGAGACUAGAAUCGACUGGUCUGAGUGUCACCAUUUGGAAACACAUACUCUCGACUAGAGUCGAGUCUCUUCUCGACCUGAGUCGCGUAAGUGUGAGGUGAGCCUAAGAAUACUCUAGGAAUUAAUAGAGUAUUCCUCAAAACACACUCUAGGAAUUCUAGCUAGGAAUACGUCUUCGGAACACGUAGUCAUCCUAUCUCCCAAUGUUCAUUUAUUUAUUUAUUUCAUUGACAAUUACAAAUCAUAAUUACAACAUAAUAUGAUUGGGAGAAGACAACAGGCAUAGCCCAAAAGUUUCUUCUCCCAAAUUUUUACAAAUAAAAGUUUCAAAAAAGAAUGAGGUUAUAAUUGAUGUUAGCUACGCUGCACUUGUGUGAGGACAGAUUGAUUAACAUUGGGAAAUAAGUCGGUUACGUCUUUUGAUGACGUAUUUCAAGCUACACGUAGCUGGGUAUGUGACGACCUUUAGCUGCAUUGAGGUGAGCGACCCAACAGUUUGUAUGAGUUGUUCUGUACUUCUGAAUUAUUAUAAUAAUUGAUGAGUGUGUUGGUAUAUUGCCAAAGCCUCAGUUGUUAUCUAUAUUCAUUAAUUUCUAUUCUGCAUCUAGGAAUGGGAUAUUAUAUUAUUUAUAUCAUUCACUUUGAACAUACAUUAUGUAGGUUCCCACAUACCAGUAUCUGAUUCAGUAAAUGUGUACGGCAUAGGAGAAUAUUAUUUCCAAUAGUUUUUUUAUUUCAAUAGGGCUAAUUGAAAGUUUAAUUUUACAUAAAACAAUUACUAGUAGGCUACCCUUUUUUAUUUUUAUUUUUUUCAAUAUAAAAGGAAAGGCUACCCUUUUUUAUUUUAUUCCUUUUCAAUAUAAAAGGAAAAAUGAAACUAGUAAUUCGAUGUAAUUAAAUUACUCACAUGAGUUCUUAUUGGAUUAUUCAUACUCGCCCGGCCGGGCUGGGUGACAAUAGUCCCAUUAAACUCAUGGAAAUUAAAUUAUCACUUUACCGGAUACUGAUAUGUGGGAUUCCAGCUUAAAGGUGAGUGAACUUCAAGGAUCGUAUUCACAAACGAUAACUUGUGAAGGAUCGUAUUCACAAACGAGAACUUGCCAAGGAUCGUAUUCACAAACGAGAACUUGUCAAGGAUCGUAUUCACAAACGAGAACUUGUCAAGGAUCGUAUUCACAAACGUGAACUUGUUUUUAGAAAAUGAUAUAAAUUGGUGUUUCAUGAACAGUUUUAUGAAUUCUUCGGUAAUGCAUAUUGUUACUAAAACAUCAUGUUCCUUAUGUUUUGCAAAUUUAGGUUACUGAACCUAGAAAGAUUGCAUAGACGAUGCUUUAGUUGAAACUAUUGUACUUGCUGUAAUAUAAGUACAGUUGACUUUAGGGUGCCCGAACCACACUGAACGUGCGUUGCAAGCCUUGCUAUACAGUCAUUGAUUAUUUAUCAUGUAUGUAUGAUUUAAUUCUCUAAAAUCUAUAAUCUGUAAAGUCUUAUGUUUACAAGCUGUUGACAACAGCUUGACACUAAAGCUGCGUUUACACCAAAGUUAUUAACAAAAUGUUAAUAACUUAAUCCUUAUAGAUUCUAUUAGAUUGAACGGAACUUGACAAACACAUAUGUUCAUCAUGUGUAUGCUAAGUUAUGUUCAAUCAAAUAGAAUCUAUAAGGAUUAAGUUAUUAAAUUUUUAUUAAUAACUUUGAUGUAAACGCAGCUUUAGAGUAAUGAAACACGCCUCUGGGGAAAUAAACAAAAUUGAGAAACAAAAAUUUGAAAAAUUCUAAAAAUAAUAUAAAGUGAACACUAGUAAUUCAAUUCUUGUUAUUAAAGUGAAAAGUUGAAAAAGGUACCUACAUAAAACAUUUUAAAAUCUCUAAAAAGCAAAUAGAAAUUUUUGUGGUCCAUGCUUUCUCUUACUCUGCAUGCACACGUUCUUGGCUAUAAGAUCUGAUUGAUAAUGCAGAUUUUAUCAUUUUUUUCUAUGGGCGCUUGACCAAUGACUUGACAACCUCUUGAACAUCCACACUGGAUCUGUUUUCUCAGUUGUGUUUUGCAUGCAAUUUAAAGAGAUUGUGAAGUUAUUGAUCCUGCGUACAAUGAAUACAGAACUACUAGGUCCAACCGCUAGUAAACGUAUUAACUUAUACACCCGCUUGCACAAAAGUCUGGUAACUUCUAAUUCCGAUUAAAUGCCUCGAUAACCAAUCGGAGAAGCAAGCCUCCUUCUCAAGAAACGCUUCUCUGAUUGGUUCUCGUGGAAGUUGAUCAUGAUUAAAAUGAAAUAUGCUUUUGUGCGACCGGGCCUCAGUUUUAAAUUUAUUCGAUUGCAUGGAUUUACUUCAUCUAAAUAUAAAUCUAUAAACGAUUUAUCAACUUUAUUACUUUUAUUACUGAUAAAUUGAAAAAUAUAAUUCAAUUGACAUUAUUAUAAUGCUGGUUCGUCCAAGAAAUGAAGUUGUAAAGUUGUAUAGAUUAGAUCUGUUGUGCCCUUUCAUUGUAAUUGGAUAAAAAAUGAAUUAUUAGACUAUCAUAAUCAAGUUAUUGAUAAGAGUAUGAAAAUAAGUAUUUAUAUAAAGAUGUAUACACCUACACUUUGAACACGUACACUAUAUAUUACUGAAGUUUUGCUAAACACUUUAGAUAAUAACCUAUUAAGAUAGACUAAAAUAAUGACGAUCCUAUUUGGAAAAUAUUCUUAUUUAUGUAAUAUUGUACUGAAAAUUUUAUAUCAACUUCACUGGAUUGUUUUUUAUUCGCUUGUUUUCAUCGUUGUAUUGUAAGAAUUUUAUAUAAUAUAAAUAGGUACUUCCAAAGUCUUGCUUCGUUAAAUAUUGAAAUUUCAUUUCAUAAAAUUUGUUCAGUUACAGAUUUUAUCAAUAUUGUCACAGUUUGUACGUCUGAACUAUUAUAAUUUAUGAGUUUAUUGGUAUAUUGCCUAAGCGGACUCAGUUGUGAUUGUAAUUUUUAAAGUUUAUUCUGCAUCUUGGGGAUAUUGUAUGAGUUCACAAUUUAGAUGUAACUCAAUAGUUCCAAUGAUAGGCCUAAUUAAUUAAUGUAUGACAAAGUCCUAGAUAGUUUCACUUCACAGAAAUUCCUUUCACAUUUAAUAUUUAAAUUGGUUGUCACAAGUGCAAUAACAAAGGUUAAGUAAACCCAGGAUUACAGUUAACUUAUUUUUUUUUCAAUUUCAUUUCGAUGCUAAUAGAUUAAUUUCUUAUUUCUAUCCCUCUACUAUUAAGAAAUUUCGGUCGGAUUUCCUGUUUGUCUUGAAGGUACUAGUCGUGUUAGGCAAUUCUCGUGAAUUUCUGCUUAACGUCACAAUAAUAUUGUAAAUUUCAAAUCAUACCAAAUUAAUUUCUGAUUCUCUCAUAUCGUUUGCAUAUUAUUUGUUUUAAUUUGCAAUCUUUUGUGAUGAAGUUAGUUGAGAUUUAAACUUUCUCAAUAACGAUUUUAAUCGAUUUUUUGUCAAAAAUCCUUGCUAACAAGUUUAUAAUCAAUUACACCCCUAGAAAAAUUAUAUACUUGUCAUCUUCAUCCGUCCCUUAAUAUGUAAUCGUUUUCUCGCAGUUUUGUUAGUUACAUUUAUGUAUAUUUAUAUUUAUGAUUUUUUUUAAAUCAUCCAAUCAUUCUUGUUACCAAAAUCGACUGUGGUGGAAUAAUCUAGAAUGUGCAAUAAAAUUAUGAUUCUGUCUGGAAUGAAGCUCGGGAGAUUCUGUCAUUAUAAUAUCAUUCCAAUCCGAUGAACUUUUCUAUCGACAUAAAAACUGAGAUAGUUUUAUUUGCAGAAGAAACACUUUAUCGCGUGCAAUUUUCUAAUUGCCUUGUAAAAUCGAUGUUGUAGUUCUAUAUCAUCUCAGUUAUUUUCACCAAAUGAAUUCAUGUGCGAGGGUGGGAUCGAAUGGGAAGAUAACAAUUGAGAUAAUUCAUUAAAUGGAAGAUGAAUGAAUUGAAUAAUGCAAACUAAAAUUAUUUCUCACAUAAUGUGUCAUCCUAUCACAACCAUUGAAUUUCUCGUUCUAUAUUUCCUUCUUUCAACUUGUUAAUCAUAACAAUAAUUCUCUAACUCUUACAUUUCGCCGUUCUUAUUCUCUCAAAACAGAUCAAUUUUAAUUAUUUUUAAUUAUCGUCUCCUAUAUCUGAAACCUUCUAAUAGUAUUCCUUGGAAUAGGCUAUGUCAUUCAAAUUAAUCUGCUACUGUGUUAAUUUUCUCUGGUGAGUUUUAUCAAAGCGAAUCAAUAAUUGAGAAUUGCUAUUUUAUUGUGGAAUAAAUUCAUUUCUUCAGUAGCUUGAUUUUAGUCUGAAUUAAGUUUAUCAACUGUGAUUUCGCUAUUCAAAUUUAAUCUAAUUUUAGGAAUAAUAUGGUUGAGAGAAAAUAUAUAUUUCUGAGUUAGGUAGAUUUUAAUAUUAUAUUCAAUUAUCGUAUAUCAUUCCACAAGAUUCCCUUUCCUAGUAUAUAGAUGAAAUCUAUACUUCCGUUGAAAAUUAAUGAGUUGAAUUAUAAUAUUGAACAUUAUAUUAUCUGUUUUUAGUUAUGUAGUUUACUAACUUGCCUAAAUUAAUUGAAGUGAUUAUUUCUAGAAUAAUAAAUAGAAAUGGUAAAGAUUAUAUAAUACAACUGAUAUUUAUUAUAUUAUACAACUAAGUUUUUUAGGAUUUUGAAGCAUUCCAUAUACAUAUUCUGCAAAAUUGUAUUACUUGUAAUGUGUUAUUUAUAUGAAGAUACUGUAGUAAAUUUAUCGUAUUGUGUGUUUUCUAGUAGGUUAACUUUUAUUGUUUUAUGAGACAAGGGAUGUUCCUUUGUGCUCUGACCAAAACUAGAUAAUUUGUAAAUAAAAAACAUAUCUAUAAUAAUGUAUGCUUCUCGACCAUCUAUUACACUCUGCCUUUUUCUAAAAUAUUCUAUGCCCCACCUGUUUAUAAAAUAUUAAAUAUUUAUAUACUAUAUUAUUUGUAGCAGUAUUUAUUAUCCAUUCUUAUGGAAGAUGGUGUGCAAUUGGUAUCAAUUUACGUGUAAUUAUUGUCGUUAUUUGGUGAAUGAGAUUCCCCAAUUUUUAUUUUUAACUUAUUUUUAGAUUUUUAUGAAAGAAAAUGUAUAGUAAAGUCUCCUUAGAUUAAUUCUUACUUACUCGGAAUUUUACCAUGACAAUAACAUCUUUUAAUUAGUAGAACUGUGAUUGGAUAAUUGAUAUUUCUUAUCAAUUUGCAGUCACCUAUUAUAGUCCUGCGUGAUUAGCAUUAGUUUACUUUUGAUCGAUUCAUUAAUAUCUUGAUCUCUCUUGUACAUAAUAUUUAAUCAAUUCAUCGUAUUACUCACAUUGCCUAUUAGCUGCAAAUUAUAAUAUUUUCCGUUAUUAUUUCGUGAUAGAAUUUAACACAUAUACUCAAAUCCUCUCGAGAAUAUUUGAAGCUUGAUAAGUGUAUUGUCCAAUAUCUAAACUAUACCGGUAUUGAGCUUGUAUAUCGGAGACUUUACUGUGCAUAAAUAAAUAAUUUACUUGUUAGUUAAGAAUCUCUAUUAUUUGUUUGUUUAUAUUUAAACUAACUGUAUUAUUGUGUUAUUUGUUUAGUACUGUGUGUUGUAUAUUACUGUUGAAUUUUAUCUAUAAGUUUAUUAUAUUUCCAAACUACAUAUUUGAAUAAACCUGUAUUGAAACGUUUUAUACUAAUUAAGUAUAGUGCAAUAUAGUCGAAUGACUGUAAAUGUGUAAUCCAUGGACAUUCGUGGGUCAUAAGUAUCUAGUGCCUAUGGGAAUCAUGAGGUAAUUUCAAUUUCAAACUAAUUCAUUGAACUUUUAUUUGUAUCCUCAGUGCAUUUUGUCUAUUUGUAUUGUGUUUUCAUGUCAUAAUUACUACUCUAUUGUUCAGUAAUUCAUUAUGACUAUUUAGGCUACAAUAUUACUAUCGGUUUAAAAUAGCUAACAUUAAUGAGUUAUUCAAUGAAAUAUUAUUAUUCUACAAUGCUAAACGAUUAGUUACUGUAAACAUGCUCCAUUUGCUUUCUGUUUGGUAUUAUUAAUUUUUCAUCACUUUGAUUUUUAUUAUAUGUUUACUUCAUAUUAAUAUUGAUAUCUAUAGAGAGUCUGGUUGCAUGAUUGUUAGUCCAUCUAUUGAAACAAUAAUUUGUGAUUUUUAAAGCAUUAGAAAUAAUUGGACCACAUCGUGGCUGUUCUUGAUUUAUUUAUUUAUUUAUUUAUUCACAUUGUGUACAAAUACUUGACAUGAGGAAAGGCACAACAGGCUCAUGCCUAAAACUGUCCCAUUUCCAAUUUAUACUAUACUGUCCAAAUUAAAAUGUUGGUUAUGUCACUUUCACUUUUCAAAAUACAAUUUACACUCUUCAAUACUCAGAUAAACGAGCAAAUUUUGAAUCAAUUAGAUACUAUUAGAGUCUGAACAGUAACUUAAUUUACAUUUAUAGAAUGUAUAGGAAAAUAAUGAAUUUAAUACUAAACUCGAGUUGAGACUCGAACAAUGUAUUCGUGUUGCCAAAUUGUGCAAAAUUGCCAUCACCUCGCGUAAGCCCAUACGACUAUAUCUGUUCAAUCUGACAACACUGUCAGUCUCAAUGAAUAUAAGCAGGACAACCUAUGUUGGAUAUCCUGAUAUAUAUUGUGACAUAUUGGCUUGUAUGAAAAGGUAGACAUUUUGCAAAAUUAUGCAACACGGAUAUGUGGCACAAGUCUCAACUUGUUCCAUUAUCAUUCAUUAUUUAUACAUUCAUAGGUACAAGAACAUUCUUAACUCAUUAUGAGUUAUUCCGAGUAUAAUUAGAUUUUCUGCGAUUUGAUUGCGAAUUUUGGGAAGUACAUUUGAUUUUUUUAGGGAUAAAACUUGAAUAAUGUCACAAAAUCUUGCACAUAUAACCUGUAGACUCAUCCUUGUUUUUUUAUCAUUACUACUUGUUCAUCUUCAUAGUAGAUCGUUUCUAAUUGUGCUGUUUUUAUCAUUUAGGCUAAACACACACUUAAAGGUGUGUCGACUCAUGUCGAGAGCGUGUGUUUUCAAAUGGUGACGUCGCGGAGACUAGAAUCGACUGGUCUGAGUGUCACCAUUUGGAAACACAUGCUCUCGACUAGAGUCGAGUUUCUUCUCGACCUGAGUCGCGUAAGUGUGAGUUGAGCCUUAGGCUUCAUAACUCUAUAUGACUAUUCAGAUUUCCCAAUGUAUAUUUGGAAUCUUUCAAGCCGUUAGAAAGCUUAAUAGUAAUUUCCUGGUAUGAGAUGUUUUAUUGUUGCGACAAAUUUCAUUUUUUAUUGCCAAAUGCACAGAAAUUUUUGGAACUCUUUGUUUUGGAAGUGAUUGAUUAUUGAAGCUUAAUUUACCAAUUAACAUUGAAUUCAAUUCGUACCAACUUAGUUCUAUGCAGGUUCUGGGACAGUAUAAUUUUGUUUUCUCCUUCUUCCGUGUUAUCGGAUAGCACGUUAUACUGUCGGUCCCAGCUGAAGUAUGACAGUCGUGAGGCCCAUUGACGACUAAAAUUAUAUAUUCAGGUGAGGUGAGACCUUCCCGUAAGGGACUCCCCACCAGCAAAAGCCUUAUGAAUCAACUUAUUUCUACUUCUAGAACCCUAGUACAAUGUGAUGCACUAAUAUAAUAUUUAGCGUUUUAUAAUAUUAAUAAAAUUCAUACUGUCUAAUGUCCCUAAAAUAUUACAAGUUUUAACCUCGCAUUAUCAUCAUUCCACUAAACUUAGAUAUAUCUUUCCCUUAUGAAAUUCAAAAAGGAAGGGCAUCUAGUAUUCGGCGUUGGUAAAAUAAAAAUAUUCUACAAAAACUGAAAUGACGCUUAAGAAUUGAUAAUUUUCUGAUCUCUAUCUGUCAUUUAAUAGAAGAGUGUGUUGUGAGUUUGAAUAACUUGGAAAUCACUCUUCACUAACAAUGGGGAAAAUUGUAUUUUUAUUUUAUAUUCAAGUUAUUUUGUGUGCUUGAUACUCUCAAACUCUAUGAACUAAUAUUGAUAAGAGAAUACAUGCUUUGACAUUUUCAAUUUGAAUUAUGCAUUAAAAGAUUCCACAUUCUUAAUCACAAUUCACAUUUUGUAGCUUAUCGUGGGUAGAGGGUGUAGAGUCUAUAUUGAAUAUUAUACGGUAGAAAAGACAUUUAAAUUUAGUUAGUUGAAUUCUAAUUUUACCGUUUAUUAUUAUUAUUUUUUGUGUACUGCACAGUAUUUUCCAAUUUUGUAGACUGUUUUGCCAAAGUCGUGUAAUAAUAGUUAUUGUAUACAAGUCUAGUGCUUUUCUAGUUUAAAUUAAAUUAUUUUUAGUGUUGAGUUAAUUUAUGUAUUUUAUGUUAAUUAAUGCAUUUUGAAUUGACUGAUUUGGCAAGAAAUUAUUAUAUUGAAAUUUAAGUGUUUCCCUGAAAAUUUUUAAUUGUUCUAUCGAAAUGUGUUAAAACUGUGCAUUAUGUUGAAUGCAAGUCUUCUCUUGUAAUGGUGCAGUAUGAAAAUUCAUGGUAUCUCUAUGUUUGUUCUUUCUAUUGUUUCCUCACUUUCAUUAUUGUUCCCAUAUAGAAAUUUUAUUCAAAUGAUAAUGGUUAAAAUAACCACAUAUAUUAUAUUAAAAAUAUUGUAUUCCAGUAUUAACAGUAAAACUGUACCACAAACUUAUUUUAUCCAAGAGUUAACUGUUGAAAAUUUUAUUAUUCUGGAACAAACUUUAAAACUUUUGUUGUUUCAUUUUAACAGAUUUUAUUGUUAUCUAUCAGUAAUGUAUUAUUUUAAAAGAUGAUGGGGGGUUUCUUGGUAUCCAUUCCGAACUGCGAUGUAUUAGCACACUAUUUUGACGUUUUACACAACGAUCUGCAUUGAAUUAUUUAUGUAAUUAAACAAUUUUUCACCUACUGACUAGAAUACUUUUGACAGUCUGUUGAAAAUGGACGCUUGCCGCCCGAAAGUAGUCCAGCCAGUAAGUGAACAAGAUUGUUUAUUUACAUAAAUAAAUGACUGCAUGUCGUCGUAUAAAACCAGAGAGUAUUUACAAUUUACAUUCUAUAAUCUCUGUAUAUAACAUAAAAUUAGUGUGUACUAUUUUUGUUAUUCAUUAAAAAUUUAUCACUUAACUCAUACAUCAAUUUUCAGUUCUGAGUUUGGACAUCAUGAUCGGUCAAAUUUAAGCUUAUAAUUUGAAACAAUAUUUCCAUUUUCAAAUAAUUUGAAGCUUGUUUUACUUUAUGUUCUAGUUAAUGUCCUAUAGAUUAUAUUUUCCUAUAUUGUUUUCUAUGAUGAUAAUCGAAUUUUAUUUAUUUGUAAUUAAAUUUUUAUAUUCA